AUUCUAAGACUAUUUCGUAAUAAUCUUCUCUUUGUUUGGUGCUGGACAUACUCUCCUAACUAUAUAAGUGCAUAGCGUUCUCCUGAGAGUUAGUGGUACAUAUCAAGGAUUCGUCUGAUCUUCUCUCUAUAUUCUGUAUAGUCUCUAAAAUAACAACUAUAAUGGUGAAGCUACAAGUAAAGUAUCGAGACGAGCUGCAGUUUCUGUACGAGACCGUCGUCGACACGCCGGUCGGCGACAUCCUCAAGGAGGUGGUGGCCAUCUAUAACGGGAGGCUGAAGGUGCAGCGGCUGUGCAGUGACAUGGAGGAGCUAGCGAGUCACGGCGUCGUGAUUCCGCACGAGAUGCAGGGUCUCACCGACGAGCAGGUCCACGAGCUGAAGCUCAGGGACGAGUGGGUGGAGAAGUGCGUCCCCAGCGGCGGAUACGUCGAGAGCAAGGACCCGAUUGGCCGACGGAACGGCAGGGCCCCGAACGAGAAGAUGGCGGGCGUGAUCACGAGAACGGUCAGCGAAGCGAAGGCUGAAAUCUCAAAGAAGCAGGCGGAGGCGAGCGUGUGCGUGACGCAGACGAUGAUCGGUGAUGCCCUAGACCAGCUGCGUGGCGCCAGUAUGAUUGUCUACCCGAUGGGACUGCCGCCACACGACCCUGUACGCAUGGAGAUCGAGAACAGGGAGGACCUUACUGGAACUCAGGCCUCGCAGGAAGUGAUUGACCCAGCUCUGGCACAGCUCUGGUGGGCAGGGAAGGAGCUGCAGCACGACAAAGCUCUACAGGAAUACGUUGGUAAAAACGAGAAGACCAAGAUUGUAGUAAAGCUGAAUAAGAGAGGUUUGGGGGCACCAGCAAGGGAACCCAUCUGUACUGAGGAGCAGAAGAAGCAGAUGAUGCUGGAUGCAUACCGGAGGCAGGAGCAAUUAAAGAAAUUAGAGGAAGGUAAUGAUGAAUCGUACUUGGACAGUGACUGGUCAGACAGCACUGCUCUUAAGAAGAACUUCCAUGGAAUGAGCAACGUCAAGUGGCGGAUGUAAUGUAACAGCAGCAGCCAACGCAAUCUACUCUUUUCACUAGAUCAUAAACUGAAGCCUUGUCGUUAUGAAGUGCUUUGGAGUUUGCUCAAACAUGUCAGUGUAUAUGUCAUGAAUUUUUAGCUAUGCCAGCUUUUAUAACUAUGAACUGGAUAUGAAAUGCACCUGGUAAUAUGGACUUCUUAUGAAUAAAAUAAUGAAGCAUUUUUAUUAUAAUCCUUCAAUAAUUAUACUGUUUCCUGUAACUAUGAAAACUUGUGUCUAUGUAUACUCAUGAACAUGUGUAUACAUAUUUUCAUACUGCAACUCAUAGUAAACAAUACCAAUACUAUUUGAAGAAAAUGAAAACGGUUGCCAUCAAACUAGUACCAGUCCCGCUUUCUACAAACACAUAAAAUGAGGAGAAUCACUCGUACCAGAGUUUUGUAUACUCUUGGCCUUUUCGUAAAUAUUGAACGUUUAAAAACGGUUGCUCAAUAUAUACAUUGUGUAGAUGUGCUGUGUUCCCUCUUUUCUCACAUUACAAGCACAAACAUUGGCGUUUAAUCAAAAUCGUGUGCUGUACCAUAGGUGCAGUUUGGUGCAACAAAUCGCAAAAUUGCUCGCAACCCGAGUUGAAAGUACUGUAUAACUUGGUAGCUCCAUCGUGACAUAGAACGUGAUCAGUGUAAAAAUAACCCGCCUUCUCUAUUCCACGAUGUGUAAUUUCAAUUCAAAAUCGGUUUUCUGUUGUGUUUACAAUUGAAUGUUAACUCGUGUUUAGUUGGUAUUAUAAUUCAGUAUUAUCAGUGGCAGUUAGUUGCCUAUUUACAUUAUACAAGAAAAAUGAAUUGUCAACUGUUACUCAGCUAUGUGUUACUAGUACAGUAGUACACAUACAUGGCUAAGAAUUUAUGUCAUAUAAGAUUAACAUUUUUUUACCAAAAAGUUACUUUUAGAUUUCAUGAGUAUGUGUAUAGAGUAAUGGGUGCUGGGUUUGUGCACCAGACCAUAGAGAAUAUGAAGUCACUGAUCAGUUCGUUCUGAUACUUGGUAUCCUUUUGUUUUCAUGCAUGUUCUGAAUCAUAGCCAUGUGUUGUGUUGCACUAACUGUGUAAAUUAAAUGUUGGAGUGGUAUUUGUGUGUGGCGUCUUAAUGGCACAGGUUAAAGUUAUUGGUUUGAGCUCUUUUUAAUAGAAUUCUUUGAUAUUUGCAUACCAACUAUCAAUUUUUCACGGUUUUAAACAAAAAAAAACUUGUGUUUGAGGAAACA